CCCUGUGAGCCGAGCCCAGCCCGGCGGAGCGGAGCCGAGCCCCUGUGAGCCGAGCCCAGCCCGGCGGAGCGGAGCCCCUGUGAGCCCAGCCCCUGUGAGCCGAGCCCAGCCCGGCGGAGCGGAGCCCCUGUGAGCCCAGCCCCUGUGAGCCGAGCCCAGCCCGGCGGCGCGAUGGGGAGUCCGGCCGCAGCGGCUCCGGCCAAGCGCGCGCGGCGCGACGCCUCCCCUGAGGGGCUCCGCGGACCCGCGGCCGAGCCGGGGAGCGACGGCGACGACCCGCGGCUGUGGGACACGGAGCGGCUGUGCCGGCACCUCUCGCGUUGCGGCGUGGGCGAGCCCAGCCUGCUGCGCCGCUUCCGAGAGAGCGGAGUCACCGGGAGCAUGCUGCUGGACCUGCCGGCCUGCGCCUUCCACGUCACCCGCGUCUGCCUGCCAGAAGAGAGACUGAAAGUGCUGGCCUGCCUGAACAGCCUGAGACAGCAGCACAUGGAUGUCAUGAAGGUUUUUAACGAUCCAGUGCAUGGCCACAUUGAAUUACAUCCCCUUCUUGUGAAGAUCAUCGACACCCCUCAGUUUCAGCGCCUCAGAUACAUUAAGCAGCUGGGGGGCACUUACUUUGUCUUUCCAGGAGCCUCUCACAACCGCUUUGAACACUCCUUGGGGGUGGGCUACCUUGCAGGCUGUCUGGUUCGGGCACUGAAGGAGAGACAACCAGAACUGGAUAUAACCCAGCGAGACAUCCUCUGUGUCGAAAUCGCUGGGCUCUGCCAUGAUUUGGGUCACGGGCCAUUUUCACACAUGUUUGAUGGAAGAUUUAUUCCACUCACUCGCCCAGGAUUCAAGUGGAAGCAUGAAACUGCUUCUGUUAAAAUGUUUGAGCACCUGAUCGCCUCCAAUAAACUGGAAGGAGUGAUGGAGUCAUAUAAUCUUGUGCUGGAGGAAGACAUGAACUUCAUCAAAGAGCAGAUAGGAGGGCCUAUAGAUGAAGCUGCCUGUGAGCAAUCGUGGCCCUACCGAGGACGACAGAAGGAGAAAAGCUUCCUGUAUGAGAUAGUAGCUAACAGGAAGAAUGGCAUUGAUGUUGACAAAUGGGAUUAUUUUGCAAGGGACUGCCACCACCUUGGAAUCCAGAAUAACUUUGACUAUAAGCGACUACUGAAGUUCACUCGGGUCUGUGAAGUGAAUAACCAGAAGCACAUCUGCACCCGUGACAAGGAGGUUGGGAACUUGUACGAUAUGUUCCACACCCGGAACUGCCUGCACCGGCGAGCAUACCAGCACAAGAUUGGCAACAUCAUUGAAAUCAUGAUAACAGAAGCCUUUCAAAAAGCAGACAAAUUCUUUAAGAUAGAAGGUUCUGGGGGAAAGCUGUUCCAGAUCUCUACAGCCAUGGAGGACAUGGAAGCCUACACCAAGCUGACAGAUAAUAUCUACCUGGAAAUUCUGCACUCCACUUGUCCAGAGCUGAAGGAAGCUCGAGAGAUUUUGCACAAAAUAGAGCGACGUGAGCUGUACAAGUUUUUAGGAGAGACUCAACCCGAAACAAGGAUGGAAAUUGUAAAGAACAACAGCCUGGCAGAAAGCAUUGCUCGUUGCAAGCCAGAGAAGGAUCCUCCAGAUGUGGAACUGAAGGCUGAAGAUUUCAUCAUUGAUGUUAUCAACAUGGAUUAUGGAAUGAAGGAGAAGAAUCCUGUGGAUAAUGUUCACUUCUAUUGCAAGGCAGAUCCUUACAAGACAGUCAAGAUCAGUAAAAAGCAGGUUUCCAAGCUGCUGCCCAUGACGUUUGCAGAGCAGGUUAUCCGUGUGUACUGCACGAGUCAGGAUCCCGGCGUCGUUUCAGCUGCAAAACAGUACUUUAUUCAGUGGUGUAUAAAGAAGGAUUUCACCAAGCCACAGGACAGCGACGUGGUUGCUCCCCACCUGACUCCCAUGAAGCAGAGCUGGCAGGACGAGGGCAGCGACCCGCGCCGGCGGGCGUCAGAGCCCGGCUGCAAGCAGAGACUGACCUUUGGCCAGUGAGCACGGGGCUGGCAGCUCCUGCAGCCCCACAGGAGUGUGUUUUACAUGGCACUGUGUUUUAAUGUGGGCACUCAAGCAAAGUGUAUAUUCCAAAUGGACUUGUGAAGCAAUGAGCAGCCUCCUCCAGCACAGCAAACUCCGUCCGUGUGGGCACUGUGCGGCCAGAGCAGCCGCAGCUCUGCGCUGCCUCCCGAGGGCAGGAGCUGCUGAGGACACUGGUGCUGUUCUUUCUGCUCCUCAUCCCUCCUCCAGAUCUCGUGUUACUGCAGAGCUGCCAGGAAAGCUUCCAGCUCAAGGCUUUUUGGUUGCUUUCUGGUUUUUUCCCCAGUACCUGAGGCAGGGAGGAGUUGAGCACUCUCUGAAGCCAGGGUAAGGUGCUAGAGCCUCGCUGUAACCACAGGCAGCAGCAGCAGGAGAACAGAUUUCAUUUAAAAGCCACAGAGGGGUUGAGAGAGGAGUCUUUGGUAACCAAAGAUGACUUUCCUGGUACUCAGAAAGCUGAUGAAGGUGCAGGCCUCUUGCUGUAAGUGCAACCACAGUUUUUAUUGAAGUCCCAGUGCAUGGCAGCCACAUGCAGCCUUUGGGGCUUUGCACUGUAUUUUUGAUACUUUGAAUGUUGUGUUUUUACUGUUACACUGAAUUGCAAAACCUGCUCACAGUGUCCCUUGGCUGGGGGGCUGGCUGGGGGCUGGCCAGGCCGAGUGGGUGCAGCCCUGAGUGCCUCUGGUGCCUGUGCUGUGGAAGGGAGCAGCUCUCCAGAGCUCUGCCGUGCCUCCAGCCCUCCCCCGCUGCUCCUGCAUCUCCCAGUGCAGCUCCUGUGCCGUCCCUUCCCCCCUGUGCAGCUGCCGAGGGCUGGGGGCUGUUCCCCUGCUGGCAGCUCUCCCGGGGAGUGUCCAGCUGCAAAGGUGAGCGAGGGAAGCCCCUUUUCCUCUCAUCUUUUACUCAGGUCUAAGGGGAAGGCUGCUUUUGUUAAAUAAAACCUAGAAGCUUGGAAAUUCCUGCCCUCAAUGCUCAAAAUGCAAAGGAAAAGGUUCAGUAAAGCUCAGAAGCUGAAAUGAGCUUUGGAUUUCUCUCUCUGGAGUGGGGAAGGAAGAGCUGGGGCUGGGAGCAGAGUGGGCAGCUGCUGAGAGCUGUGGGGCUGUGCCUCUGCCUGCUCCUCCUGCCCUUUGCCAGGGGAACUGGCAGCCCUUGGGCAGAAAGAGGAGGAGGCUGGUGGGAGCUCACUCACGCUUUGUUGCUGAAGUAACCAGGAGGUGUUUGGCUGCAUUCUCUGGGCCUGAGCUGUGUGUGCAGCCCUGGGUGCAGCCUCUGCUCUGUGGGGGGAGCAGCAGCUCUGAGGAGGGGUGAGCACCUCUGGCAAAGCUUUUAAAGAACCUCUCAUUGUGCUUCAAGAAGCAGCCUCGUCCUGUGAAGGCCUUUAUCUGCCUUAUCUGUGUACAAUCAGGGAUUGUAAGAGUGGUGCAAUUCUGUUCCUGAUGCUGGAGUUUGCUUUGGGUCUGUUGUCAAAGGUGCACUUUAUACUGGGAAAUGCCUUCUUGUUGGAGCAAAGCUGUGUUCUAAGUGUUCAGUUCUCAGACAGAGCAUCUGUUUUUUCCAGACUUGUUGAGCCUCUCUCCAAGAAUCCCUUUAUAAAGAGUGAUUUUGCUAUUCUUUUAA